AUGCUUCGCCACCUCCCGACCCUCGUCCUUGUCGCCGUCGCUUUCGCCGCCGCCGAGCCGUGCACUGCGCCGUGCGACUUUCCACAAGACUGCGGCCUCCACGAAUGGUGCAACCCGCAGACCAAGUGCUGCGAAGUUGGCGCGUUGCGCUGCGACCCCGCGUGCCCGACAGGCUGGCGCUGCAUCUCGUACGGUCUGUGCGUGCCCGAGACGAAGAUGCGUCAAAGCCAGCUGGAGCCGGCCCAGGAGGCUUGGCAAAGCUGCGGCAACCGAUGCCAUUUCCAAUUUGCAAAUAUGGUGCGACGUACAACAGCGCUCGUCCUUGGCUGCCUCGCGGGCUUCGCGAUGGCCGACGAUCCAAUCUGCGCUGUGAACGAAUGUACCGUCAUCACGACGGGAAAGCUCUGCAACCGUCUCGCAGAGAACUGCCCGACAUGUCUGAGUCAGCUCAUGGGCGGCAAGACCGCCCGUUGUACGAAUGCGACGUUCGACGGAUGCCAAGGCGGGACCGUGUGCGCGAGCGUCACCACGCUUCCACCGACGCCGACGACAUCGACGGCGCCGCCUAAUGCGACGACGCCCGUCGUGACGCGCGUCGACACCGACUUCAACCUCGCCCAAGACGACGGCGCCUCCGUCAUCGGCAACGACACUCUGCUGCAUUGGGCGUCUAAGAAGCGAUGGACGGAGUAG